GAAAACAGUGAAUUUAUGAAUGAUUUUGAACUUCUUGAAUCGAUUAGGCAACAUCUACUUGAAGAUUGGGAGUUACCUAUUACAACAGUUUCUGAACAUUCUACUUCUCUUUAUUGCCAGAACAAUAAUAGCGAGACUAAUUUAUUCUCUGAUAAGUGAGAAAAUUUCCCAAUGAAUAAAAAUAACACAGAAAAAACAUUUAUUUACAACAAUCCCAUUAAUGAGCCUUCAGUAUCAGCUAUCAAAAUCGAGCCUGAAGUUAGUGUUAGCAAUAGCAUUCACACCCAAAUGUUUCCUAAUUUCUUCUCUAAUAAUUGGGAACAUUUCCCAAUGAAUGAAAAUGACACAGAAAACAAGUUUAUUUAUAACAAUGCCAUUAAUGAGCCUUCAUCAUCUGCUAUCAAGAAGCCAGGGAGAGAAUGUCGGCUUCAAAAUCGAUGCAUUACAGGGGAGUAAGACAGAGUCCAUGGGGAAAAUUCGCUGCGGAGAUUAGGGACCCAGCGAAGAAUGGGGCGAGGGUUUGGCUAGGGACAUACGAGACGGCAGAGGAUGAGGCCUUGGCCUAUGAUAAGGCGGCUUAUUGGAUUCGGGGUUCACGUGCAUUGUUGAAUUUUCCAUUGAGGGUUAAUUCGGGUGAACCGGAACCGGUUAGGGUUGGUUCAAAGAGGUCAUCGAUGUCGCUAGAGAGUUCUUCGUCCUCGUCGUCAGAAGAUGCAUCGACGAAGAGGACGAAGAAGGUUGCUCAGCUGUAUAAUUGAGGAGGCAGUGGUAAAAAAAAUGUGGGGUAUUUGGGUUUUUUUGAAUUUGUAUAUUUUCAAGCAAUAGGUGUGAGUUCAAUUUUUAUUAAGCUAUUUCCUAAUUCUCUUUGUAGAAAUUUCAUCUUCUCGGGAGAAUUGAAGAAUUUGUGAUUUUGUUCUCCUUUAAACAUUUGGAGUGUGUCAUAUUUUGAAAUUAAUAUACCAA